AUGUACGAGGUGGGCAAGACGUUUCGUUACGGAUCUAGCCCUUGGGAGCAUGUUACCAUAUACACAUAUCUGCUGGAUGAGUUCCCUAAGGACGAAGCACCUACUGAUAUAAAUUUUAAAUUUCUUAGGGUGUCUUCUUCAUCAGACAAAGGCAUCGUUUUACAGCUUUUGCAAGGUAACAAGCUGUUUCUGAUCGCUGUAGGUGAUAAUAUCGUGCCAGCUACCCUUUCUGAUGCCCUUUUCAAGAAUUCAGACGGGAGAUUUAUUCCAAUUUAUGUUGCUGAAAAAGAUUGCGGUGCGCUUCGGGACAAGUUAAAAAAGAUAGGUAUAGGCCCCAUAGAUAUCCAUUCAGUGUACAAUCGAUUCUAUGAGCUUUACGGCUCCGAGCUGUCAGCCGGGUCAGACCGACCCGCCGAGUGCAUCUACGAAGAUAUCUCCACAGUCUUUGCCGGCCGGUACGUGGAACUUGUGACUGAAUUCCCUGACGCGCCGACCGUGUCGGACACGUGCGAUGUUACGUGGAGUGACAUCUGCAAACGCGCUCCUGUCUACUGCUAUCACUGCUUCGCUAUGAAAGAUAUCAAGGCCCAGCAGUCAAAGCCCAAGUCUAACGCCAAGUCCAGACAAACAGGCGAGCACGGAGCAGCUAGCGGGUCUCCUGCGGGGAAUACUCUAUCUGAGAAGAGCAGUGUCAAGAAGAAGAAGACUCCUCAGGCUUCCCCAGGCAAAGGAUCCGUCACCGUGGAAUUUGCUACUCCGUCGGAUGGCAGGAGAGGUAACAAGAAGAACAGGAAGUCAGAAAGCGACGAAAGUGGCCAGAAGGAUGGCGGCUCAUCGCGCAGGAGGAAAGGCAGCAGCCCAUCGCUGCCGAUUUCCAAGAGGUUCGAGUCUGACGAGGAGGCCAGGGAAUUUGCAAAGACCCUCAGUUGGGAGAGGUGCAUGGUGAUAGAGAAGAACAGCAGCCUCGAUCUUGCAGAGCUGCACCUGAUGUGCACAAACAACGGUAGCUACUUGAGCUACGUCUCCGACAACUACAUCUUCUACGGCUUUCCCAGGUCACAAGAGGUGAACGUAGAUACCUACAGGCGCUCCAUGUCCGACACAAACAUGUUUCUUGUCUAG